GGCGCUCAAAGCUACUACAGUACUUGUACGAAGCUUCCCGGAGAUCGCUCCAUCUUUUGCAAUACAUCUCCGCCGCUUCGUCACUUCGCCUCUUUCAAUAUUCGAGUUUGCAUUCAAUACCGAGAAGCGCGCACCCCCACCUCUGACAGCGGCUGCCAAAUGCCUUGCGCUUUGUAUUAAGCUAUCACCUGGUGAUGACUCCAUCAUGUCCAACAUGUACUCUCUGCUCAAUUACAUCGCUGCGACCUCCAAAGAAAUAACCGAAUCUUCUUCUUCCAACCAACUCCUUUCCAACCCCCUCUACACCUUCUCGAUCACCUUUCCCAAUGAUAACAUCACUUUCCAGAGCGACGAAACAGGGCUGCACGGCCGCUCAGACGAAGAGAAGCGGCUCAUCGGCAUCACGACUAUCUCCGUUGUCACGCGCCUUGCGCUCGAGUUCUACACAGCGGGCCAGGAGGAGGUUACUAAUAUAUUAUUCAGCUCUUCUGCCACCAGAUCAUAUGGAAUAUGAAAGCCAAUUGCUACAAGGAUGAUGCUGCCGAGAUCGAGGAUCCUAUGAAACCUGCGCUAGAUCGGAUGACUGAUAUGGUGGUGGAGUCACUUUCUGGUGAUGCUCGUGCCU